AGAGAGAGAGAUUAACAGGAGUAGGAGGCAGGCGCAGUAGCAGAGGUCUAUAUCCGCCAGACGGAGACGAACGGUGCCAGCUGCUAGCUAAGUUAGCUAUAGUAGGCAGUUAGCAACUAGCUCCAGAGUCCUAGCGCCUGUACAACACAAGAGAGACUGAGCAAGUGUUCGCCUGAGUGUGUGCAUGUGUGUGUGUGUGUGACAGCGUGUGUCGACGCUUUGAGCGCCCACUCGACCGUCCCGAAGUCACUCCGUCUGUACCUGUGUGUAUAAACCCCCCCCUCAUAUCGCCCUCUUCCUCUUCCGAGCAGCGGUGUGACUGUGAUUGAGUUUGUGGGGUUAGCAAGCAAAGAACACAUAUAAACACACUCUUGACUGUCGACUUUUUACACUCGGUGUCCGGUUACUCAACAGCGGAUUUACAACCUUUACUGAUACCGGCAGAGCACCAGCAUGAUGUUAAGGUACGCCGUUGUCCAAGGCGGCCUCGGCCUUUUGGCAGUGAGGAGGGCGUGUGUUCUCUCCCGCUUUGCCCACUCUGCCCCGCAGAACCAGUAUCGACCAAUCAAGAAAGUCAUGGUGGCCAAUAGAGGUGAGAUCGCUAUCCGUGUGUUCAGAGCCUGCACUGAACUGGGGAUUCGAACCGUGGCCGUCUACUCUGAACAAGACACUGGACAGAUGCACAGGCAGAAGGCAGAUGAGGCUUACCUGAUCGGUAAAGGACUGCCACCCGUUGCAGCAUACCUACACAUUCCUGACAUCAUCAAAGUAGCCAAGGACAACAAUGUGGAUGCUAUCCACCCAGGCUACGGUUUUCUCUCUGAGCGGGCAGACUUUGCACAGGCCUGCACAGACGCAGGGGUGAUGUUCGUCGGCCCAUCCCCGGAAACGGUCCGCAAGAUGGGAGACAAGGUGGAGGCUCGUUCCCUGGCCAUCUCUGCAGGUGUACCUGUGGUCCCAGGAACAGAUUCCCCCAUUUCCUCCCUGCAGGAGGCGCAGGUCUUCGCCCAAACAUACGGUUUCCCCAUCAUCUUCAAAGCGGCCUACGGAGGAGGUGGUCGCGGCAUGAGGGUGGUCAGAGAAUACGAGGAACUUGAGGAGAAUUACCAGCGGGCCUACUCUGAAGCCCUGACAGCUUUCGGGAACGGAGCCCUGUUUGUUGAGAAGUUUAUUGAAAAGCCGAGACACAUUGAAGUGCAGAUCCUUGGCGAUAAAUAUGGUAAUGUCAUCCACCUCUACGAGAGAGACUGCUCCAUUCAGCGGAGACACCAAAAGGUUGUGGAGAUUGCACCAGCUUUCCAACUGGACCCUCAUCUGAGAGACAGACUCCACGCUGAUGCCGUCAGCCUCGCCAGACAGGUGGGCUAUGAGAAUGCUGGCACAGUGGAGUUCCUGGUGGACAAACACGGCAAGCACUACUUCAUUGAAGUCAACUCCAGACUCCAGGUUGAACACACGGUCACCGAAGAAAUCACCGACGUGGACCUGGUACAUGCUCAGCUGCAUGUGUGUGAAGGCCGCAGCCUGCCAGACCUGAACCUCAGACAAGACAAGAUCAGGGUGAACGGCUGUGCCAUCCAGUGCAGAGUGACGACCGAAGACCCAGCCAGAGGCUUCCAACCAGACACCGGAAGGAUUGAGGUGUUCCGAAGUGGUGAAGGCAUGGGCAUCCGUCUGGACAGCGCCUCAGCCUUCCAGGGUGCUGUCAUUUCGCCCCACUAUGACUCCCUGCUGGUAAAAGUCAUCGCCAGCGGGAAGGACCUGCAGACAGCCGCUUCCAAGAUGAGCCGAGCCCUGGCCGAGUUCAGAGUGCGAGGGGUCAAGACCAACAUCCCGUUCCUCCAGAAUGUUCUGUCCAACCACCAGUUCCUCCACUCCACCGUGGACACGCAGUUCAUUGAUGAGAACCAGGAGCUCUUCAACCUCAAGCCCACUCAGAACCGAGCCCAGAAACUACUGCACUACCUGGGUCACGUGAUGGUAAAUGGACCAACCACACCCAUCCCAGUCAAGGCUAAACCUUCCUCCACAGACCCUGUCAUCCCUCCUGUCACCAUGGGCGACCCUCCGGUAGGUUUCCGUGAUAUAUUGCUGCGUGACGGUCCUGAGGGAUUCGCUAAGGCUGUCCGUGCCCACCAAGGUCUGCUGCUAAUGGAUACCACCUUCAGGGACGCCCACCAGUCGCUUCUUGCCACCAGAGUUCGGACCCACGACCUGAAGAAGAUCUCGCCAUUCGUCAGCCACAGCUUCAGCAACCUUUUCAGCCUGGAGAACUGGGGCGGUGCUACCUUUGAUGUGGCCAUGCGCUUCCUGUCUGAGUGUCCAUGGAAGAGACUCCAGGAGCUGAGAGCUUUGAUCCCAAAUGUCCCUUUUCAGAUGCUGCUGAGAGGGGCCAACGCCGUGGGGUACACCAACUACCCUGACAAUGCUGUCUUUAAGUUCUGCGAGGUGGCAAAGGAGAAUGGCAUGGACAUCUUCCGCGUGUUCGAUUCCCUGAACUACGUGCCAAACAUGGUGCUGGGCAUGGAGGCGGCCGGAGCAGCGGGGGGCGUAGUGGAGGCCGCCAUCUCGUACACAGGCGAUGUCUCUGACCCGAUGAGACAGAAGUACUCCCUGGACUACUAUCUGAAACUGGCAGAUGAGCUUGUCAAAGCUGGGACGCACAUCUUAUGUAUCAAGGACAUGGCCGGCCUGCUGAAGCCAGAGGCCAGCAAGCUUCUGGUCGGCGCUCUGAGAGACCGUUUCCCGGACGUUCCCAUCCAUGUGCACACACACGACACAGCUGGAGCCGGUGUGGCCGCCAUGCUGGCCUGUGCUGAGGCUGGGGCUGACGUGGUGGAUGUGGCUGUCGACUCUAUGGCUGGGAUGACCUCUCAGCCCAGCAUGGGAGCCAUCGUGGCCUGCGCCAAGGGGACCAAGCUGGACACCGGCAUUGCUCUGGAGAAGGUGUUUGACUACAGUGAAUACUGGGAAGUAGCCAGAGGCCUGUAUGCGCCAUUCGACUGCACUGCCACCAUGAAAUCUGGCAACGCCGACGUGUACGAGAACGAGAUACCGGGAGGACAGUACACCAACCUUCACUUCCAGGCUCACAGUAUGGGACUGGGAAAUAAGUUCAAGGAGGUGAAGAAGGCCUAUGCUGAAGCCAACAAACUACUAGGAGACCUCAUUAAGGUGACUCCGUCCUCUAAGAUCGUGGGUGACCUGGCCCAGUUCAUGGUGCAGAACAACCUGACCCGGGCAGAAGUGGAGGAGAGGGCGGACGAGCUGUCCUUCCCCCUGUCUGUGGUCGAGUUCCUGCAGGGAUACAUCGGGAUACCACACGGAGGAUUCCCCGAGCCUUUCAGGUCUAAGGUGCUGAAGUCUCUCCCCCGUAUCGAGGGUCGUCCUGGCGCCUCUCUGCCGCCAAUGGACUUCAAGGCCCUGGAGGAGGGGCUCCGAGCUGCCCACGGCGACGACAUCACCCCUGAGGAUGUGAUGUCAGCAGCCAUGUACCCCAAGGUGUUCCAGGAGUUCAAGGAAUUUACUGCUAACUUCGGUCCAGUGGACUGUCUCAGCACCAGGCUGUUCCUGGAUGGGCCCAAGAUCGCAGAGGAGUUUGAGGUGGAGCUGGAGAGAGGGAAGACCCUCCACAUCAAGGCGCUGGCACUGGGUGACCUGAACAAGGCGGGCCAGAGAGAGGUCUUCUUUGAGCUGAACGGACAGCUGAGAUCUGUGCUUGUUAAAGACACCGUCGCCAUGAAGGAAAUGAAGUUCCAUCCCAAAGCUCAGAAGUCCAUCAAGGGUCAGGUGGGAGCACCCAUGCCUGGAAAAGUCCUGGAGGUCAAAGUGGAAGUCGGAUCUAAGGUGGAGAAGGGUCAGCCACUGUGCGUCCUGUCGGCCAUGAAGAUGGAGACGGUGGUCAACUCUCCGGUGACGGGAACCGUUAAGGCAGUUCAUGUCACAGCCGACGCCUCCUUGGAGGGAGAUGACCUGAUACUGGAAAUCGAAGAGUAGAGGGAGGGAUGGGAGACGAGAGGAGAGGCAAGAGUUAGACAAUCUGAUUCUGGAAAUGGUGAGGCAGAAGGAAAGAAAAAAAUAAAUUAAGACGACUCUCAACUGUCGCAGUACUGUUGGAUAUUUUGGCUCCCAAUUUAUACAUAUUCUUCUUGGUUACACAUAUCCAGACAUCCAGUGGGUGUAAAUAAAAAUCUAAUACCUAAAUAAAUCUAAAUCUAAUUUAAUUCAAUGGUACUAUUAAUAAAACUUCAUUCUCUAAGAGCUAAGUGUGAUGAUUAGGUCAAAAACUUGUAUAUCUCAGUACAUCUAUUAACAUCCUGUUAACCAGUGGAAAAAAACGUUUUACAAUGACAUUAUACUGUAUGUUUGAAUUAUGAUACAUUCCAUGACUUCAAUGCUAGUCUUAAAUGUGAUGUACUACAGAGUGAACUUAACUUGUGUAACACUAGUGGGGUUGUAACAUCUACUUGCAAUUAAAUGCCACAUUUUUCAUUGCUAUGCUGUUGAUGUUUCCUAAUGUAUUCAAAGCAAGAUGGUUAAACUUAUUGAUGACUACUACAUGUUUUUCUUUGUAAUCAGCAGGGUUCAGAGUCACCAAGCAAGAGAGAUUUGAGGAUGUAUUACUAAAUCAUUUUUUCAUACAGGAAAAAUACUUUCAUCUCUUAGCAUGCUCGCAUUUGCAAGAAAUUAUCAAUCUCUGACAUUAGUCAGUGUAUUCUCAGAAAUCACUGGUAGCUUUUUUUUUUUCUUCUUCCUAAGUAAAGAAAUGUUCUUUGGAAAACACAACAAAAUACACUGGGGCUAAAUGAUAGAAGGCACAUUAUUUGGUUCAAACUGUUUAAAAUAAAUACUUUCACAGAAGCACAAAAAGUGGCACAAUUUUGGGUUGGCGGGGACAUACAUGAAAUGUAGAGGCUUGAAAUGUCCAACAGAGCACCAAAGUGAAACACAUAUUCUGUUACUGUAUCAGUAAUAGUAGACACCUUUUUCACUGAUUUGUCCUGGCUUUGGAAAUGUUUCCCCAUCCACACCUGUCUGUAAAAUCCCAAAGCAGAAGCAAGCUGUAGCAGCUUUGUUGAAAUAAAGCUGUAGGCCAUGUUGGAAACACCCAAACAGGAUUAGUGAUGUGAUUUUUACAAAGUACCUCUCUUAUAGUGGCUUUAAAUGUGGCUUUCUUAAUCCGAACCCAGCUGUAGUGUGGUCCACUAAAACCAAUUCAGAUAUGUCUUAAGGUGGCUUUCAGGCCAUUUUAUUGUCUCCUGUCUGACGUUGAUGUUCAAAGUCAGAGGAACGAUCCCACCCUGUCUUUUCAGAAGCAGCCAGACAUUAUGGUGAACAGUCUUCUGUCUGCAUGGGGAUUUUAAUGCUAGGUGUAAAUGGGAUUACAUGGUGGUGUAAUGGAGGCAUGUGGUGUUAUUUUCUGAGGCUCUGCUGAUUAAUUUAUGAAUUAAUUCUCUGUCAAAUGAUGUGAAAUUAGCCGGACUAAUAAGAGACUCUGGAGACUUGCAGUAGCAGCACUCGGCUUUAUAUUUCUAAUGCGCGUGUGUGUUUGCAUAAAUGAGCCUAAAUGUCUGUGUGUAUGUGUGCCCACAAGCAAAUUUUAAGACAAAGUCAAACCGGUAUCUAUAGUGUGGCACCUCCAGAGCUAAAAACACUCUAGAAGAAAUGAAAUAUUCAUAAGCACACACCCCCUGAUAUUCCGAUAAUAUUCACUCCGACACUCCCAACUCUCGAGUGCUGCCUAGAUCAAAAAAACAAAACCAAAUACACAGCCCAGAGGCAUGGCAAAGCUGUAUCCAAAACAUUUAACAACAAUGCAGCAACAACCCUACUCAGUUUUCUGAUGAUGUAGUUCAAUACUGAAUUAAACUCACAGGAUUCUGCUGUCAGCUGCAGGCCUUCUAUUUGAGGGUCUUACACAUGAAAGUGUGAUCUACACUGAACUGAAUGUUUAGCUACCCUGACAAGUGACAGGAAACUGUGAACAAGCAGGAACAAAAUUAAAUCAUGUGUCAAUUACAACAGGAAAGGAAGAGUGUAACAAUCUCCCUGUGAUACAAUGAAACGUGCAGUGUUUGGGACAGCGAACCAGAAAAGGCACUACAACAUCUUACUCUCCCAAAUGGUCUGAGCACCUCUGACACAAUGCAUCGAUCGAAACACAAAAUUAAAGCAUCAGUUUGUACUUGACUGGACUGUUCCCAGCAUUUUUGCCCCAUUACCUCUGAGAACGAGUCCCCUUUUGAACUAUUCAUCGAUACUGAACGGCGGCACUGCGGUUAAUUAGGAGACUGAUAUGCCCACUGCCAUGCCUCACUGCACCGCUUGACUUUAUCAAUCUGUUUUUCAAAUCUGUUGAAAGAGAUGAGCGUUUCUGACAAGCUGUUGCACAAUAAAUGUGAUGUCCAACCCCCCUCCCCUCCCCUCCUCUCCUUAUUAGCUCUCCUUGUUAAUCUGCUUUCCCUGCCUCAUCAACCAGCUGCCAUUCCAUCAUGUUUUCCACUCUGUUCCCUUCUUCCUAUCCCGCCCAACUAUAAAUUUGCACAUGUAAGAUGAUGACAGAGAGUCAUGCAAUAAUGUAUAACUGUAUGGCAGUGUUUCUCUAUGUCUUAGCCAGCAGUCGUAUCAGUCAUGCUUUUGACAAUGUUCUACUAUUAAGCAUCUGGGUGGGGGGAAAAUAAAGUAUCAGAAAAAUUAACAGCUAAAAAAUGUUCAUUGUUUCAAAAAAGCAGGACAUAACGUUAACCUGUAUUUGAGCUCAUGAUAUCAGGAGGUGAGCUCACACAGAGCGUAUGAAAAUAGGGUCUGUGGCAUUUAGUUUUUUCUUUUUAUUUUAUUCCUUUCUGUGUUUUUAUGAAAACAACCAAACUGUUUAUUUACUCAACAUGACUGCCUUUAGAUUCAAAAUGUCUCCAUGGAAUUUGUAUCAAAAAUGUUAACUAAUUCUUUAAUUUUCUUACUUCUAAACCACAUCUACAUUUUAGUUCAAUCGUUAAUUUACUGGCUUAGUUUACAUCUAUUUGGUUUACAUUUAUUUGUUCAAGACCUAGGAAAGAGCUGGAGGGCACAAAAAGGGAAACUACUAGUGUCAAAAGAAUAUGUUAAUUGUUCUUGGUCAAUCUGACAAAUAAAGUUACCUGUAACUGAA